AUGGAGGUGGUUGACGAUUCUGAAAAUAGGUAAGUUUGGUACCGUUGUUGUAUGCUGUAAAGGUCAUCUCAGUGUGUACAUGCAAAAGGCUUCAGCUUAAGCUAUUUUAUCUCCAUGAGAAAGUUUACCGAGGUAAAGUGGCUUCAGAUGGCAGGGGAUACUAACUUUAUUGUUUCUAGUAGACUUUAAAGGACUUUUAGAAAGUCUAUGUUUCUAGUGGUAUUUUUUAAUAGAGAUGCUAGGGCUCAACUUGGCUAUUUUGCAAAUUUAUUCAUGUAACUUCAAUAAUUAAGGUGUGCAGCUAAAAUUUAGAAAUACUGUUCCACUUUCUACUUUCAUUUAGACCAGAGCAUUGUCCUAAAAGUUCCUAUGAAAUAAAAUUUGGGCCAGAUAUUUAGCCGUUUGCAAUUUAAAUGUCUAAAAUCGUUAACAUUUAUAUGUGACAACAGGAUCACCGUUGGUGGAAAGAGAAAGUCAUCAAACCGCAGAUCAUCGGUAAGUCGACAAAUUAGUUUGCUAAUGUUAAAAUUAUUUGCUAUGGAUCAUGCUCCAGUUGUGCAAAAGGUACUCUGUAGAUAGAGCUAAGCCAAUAAUUUCUUUUGUUAUUCAAUGCAAAUUUUUCUUCCUUUUCACUGGCCAAAAACCCAACGUGUGACCUGCAAAUAGCUGCCUACAAAUAAUGGUCCGCUCAUGCGUAAUGUCAUCCAACUGUGUUUGGCUGCAAAUAACAUUCUGCUCAUGCAUAAACAAAACCACACUUUUCUCCUUCUUGCAAUCACUGCAAAAUGGCAGAUCACUUCGCUUCCCGAGGGUAUUCAUUAACAAACAAACUCGGUGAUCGAAUGAUAAAGCAAUUAUUGAACUUGGUUAUCGCAAAAUAUUGUGAUUUGUCACUGUCUCACCACUCAAUUAUUUGCCUCAGCCUUCAGCUUCGGCAAAUAGUACAUUGAUCUGCUCGCCACUGACAAAUCACGAUAGUUUGCUUAACCUCGUCCAAUGUAAACUAUUUCCUUACUUAUCCUUUGGGCAGUGAUUUAUCCAACAUGGAUAGGGCUGUCCUAAUUUUGAACAACUGGGACCUGAGUUCACAGGGUGCAAAGAAAGUCAGUUUUACAGCCUGCCAUUCGGGCAAGCUGUAGCUAGCAUGUACUAGCCCACAAGUCAUUUCAACUAGCCCCAAAACCCUUUUUGAUUAGCAGGAUUGAUUACAAUCCUUCUGUAAUUUGAAUUUCCCCAAAAAACAGCACUUGCCCAUCGGGCAAGUUAAGAACAAAAAUCACCAGCCCGAUAGCAAAAUCCACUAGCCCCGGGCUAUCGGACACGACUUUCUUUGCACGCUGGUUCAUUGGUGUAUUAUUUUUGUACAUGUAGAAAGGUGAAGAGUUUGUUCUCAGUAAUGCUUUUAUUAUCUUAAAAGAUUCCUUGUCCAGUGAAUACUGUUUUGGGAUUUCCUUUGCGGGCAUUUAUGUUUUUUUGUGGUUUUUGUUGUUCAACAACUAGAUUUUAAAGGCCACAAAAUCUCCUUUGAAAUCUGGUCCGUUAGAAGACUUGGAUCCAAACUCACUGGAUGAUAAAGGAAGGUAAUGGAUUGUGUAAUUCAGUUAUAAAUAAUUUAUGCAUUUGUCUGGGGCUUUUACAGUGGGGCUGGAAAAAACUUUGAAUUUCAGGCUUGUCUAAGUUUGCUUUUUAUUUGGAAGACAACUUUCCUGCAUCCUUUCCCACUGGGCCAGUGAGCAGGAAAAUUUCUUGCUUGGCUGGAAAAACUGCUUGUACUAACUAAUUGACAGGAUUCUUUUUUUCAAGCCCUGCCACAGCAUUAUCAAAUGUAACAAAUACAGCAAAGUAUUUUUUGUUACAGUAAAUAAUUUUAAUUAAAAGCUACCACUGUAUAUAGCAUUAUUUUCACUUGUAGCACAAGCAUUCUGCAAGUGCAAGCAUCCAAGUCGUGUGUCAAAUGAAAAUGAACAUAAGCGCAAGAAAAAGAAAAUUAUUUUGUAUGUGUGCUUUUAAUACAUCUAGGCUGUUUUUACAGUAAAAUAGCAAUCCAUUAAGCUUAGAUUUGUACAUUUUAGAAGUAAGUCAAAAAAGGCCAGACGUUCUUCAGGACGAAGAGUCAGUUUUGCAGAAAAAAAUGAAGUCAAGUAAGUCUAUGUUAUUCGUCACUCCAACAAACCAAAGGCGGCACAAAUCAGAUACAGCUGUAGACCAUUUUCAACCAGGGCAUACAGUUGUACAUCCCCUGUUCUUUUCAAACAACGGUAGUCUUUACACUAGGCUGUUAAGUAAGACUUAAGCUAAGUUAAGCUGCUAAGUUUUACUUAACCAAAGAUAUGUGAGUGAAGGCCUAAGUAAAAUCUCAAGUUGUUUUACUUUGCAGCUUAUUUAAGUCGGAGAGUUGAAACGAUUCAAGAAAAGUUUCAAGUGACAAGUGGAAACCAUCCUCAAAACUGACUUAGUUUGUGAACUUGCAGUUUCUUGAGCUUUGAGAAAGGCGAAGCAUGUCAAUCAAUCUUAAUUUAUGUUGCGUGGGAAAAUAGCUUUAAGUUAACCUGAAGUAAAAAAGAUAGGUUGUGUGUGAAGCUUCCUUGUACUCGAAGAAUUUAAAAUUUACUUGUCUUGAAAUAUUUUCUCAGGUUAUUUAGGCUCUAGUGUAAAGACUACUACCUAGGCAAACAGCUUAAUGUCACUGCCCAAUGAUACAAUCAUCUAAACUGAAGAAGGGUUUUAAUCAAAGCUAGCAUUGUCUCAGCAGUUUUUUAAAAGCCUUGUUCAGUGGUCUGGCAAGGUUUGGACUCUCCACUCAGCAGACAGGUACUCUACCAACUGAGCUAUGAAGUGGGUGGCAGUUAACUUAGUACUGGUUAUUUUUCAGGGAAUUUUUUACUGAAGACUGGCAAUCUGCCUGGAAGAAGGAGGUUGAGAAAAGUGAGUAGCACAUCAAUAAAUUAUAUCCAAGGAAAACCUAAGCAGGCUUUUCUAAGAGUCAAUCUGGCUUAUUUAUACUCAACUGCACUUUCAAAAUUACCCCAUGUCUUCAUUUUCUAGAGCAAUUUAAGUUGGUCAUAAACUCUCAUUCAGCCAGUGAAGUUAGCCAGAAGUCAUUCAAAUACUCUGUACUUUGAAUAACUCUCUGACUCUGUCGCUAAUAACAGUCAUAACCUUAAGUAUUUUAGGUCUGAAGAGAAACAGAUAAAAGAAAGACUUUUGCAAUAAUGACUGUGUGCAUUUAAUACCUUAGUUAUUAUCUUGACUUAUUCCUUGAUCUACGUCUUUUAUAGACAAUCGUCAGAUGUCCAGCUCUCCAAACAAAGGGUGAGGUUCAAAUUUUAAAGAAAUGCAUGGUUACUCCUGAUCAUUAACCCUAAAUUUUCACCAUGCGUUUACAAGCAUACCAAGUUCAUUUGGAGGGACAGGGUUCGUGCAGAUCAUGAAAAACCUGGAAAGUCAUGAAAUUUAAGAAGUUCAUUUGCCAGACGUGGAAUGUCAUGUGGAUUUUAAUUGUACUAGAAAUUCAUGGAAAAUUAAUGUGUGUUUGGUAGAUACGUUAUUCCAGAUGUCAAAGCAAGGACAAUUUACAAUAGAGACAAGUAAUCAGUUCGGUUCAACUGCGUUAGGGCAAAAAAUACCCAAAACUAAGAGGUUUGAAAAUUUUUGAAUUUGACAGAUAAACUUAGGGUCAUUGAAAACUUAGAAAAAGAAAUACUGACAUUGCAUAAUUUUCUUUAAUAACAGUGAAUACCGAGAGCCAGCAGAAUCAAUUAAAGGUGAGACCUUGCUUUCAAUGCCAGCUCAAUUUUGCAUGAUAGCCAUUAUAUUAUAAUGGCUAUCAUGCAAAAUUUUGCAAAUAUAAAAACAUCCUACUACUUGUAUUGCUUAAACUUUAAUUUUUUCACAGUUUGGUCAUUGGCAUCAAAGAAACUAGUUCUGAUUAAUUUUGUUUUAGGUUUAGAAACUCUCCUAAAAGGUGAUAUUCAAGCUAACCAGGAGCAAAUAUACAAAGCUGAAAUUCAGGUAAGUCUUGGAUUGAAAAUUUUUGCUAACUCUUUAUCGUACUGCUGACCUCCAAGGUUAUGUCUUGUAGUUAGAUUCUGUUUGCAGCUUGCCUCAUAAAAAACCUGAAUACACAAUGUCGGACUGGGCUUUUUCCAACCACGGACUGGGUCUUUUUCCAAGAGGAAAAGAUGGGGUAUUUUAAUGGGUCAGAAAGUUUAGACGGCUGAGUUGUCAAAAAGGGGCCAGUUGGGAUAUUUUAUUUAAAAACGCCAUCUGUAAAAAAAUGAACAGAGAUCAAGCAAAACUAGAUUUUGACAACCCUGAACCUACAGUACAGAUCAAGAAAACAGGAUUACAUGCAGUAGGUUGUUAAUAAUACAUGUAUAUCUCUGGGUUUACAGUUUAAAAGAAAUAAAUUAGUGUGAAACACUUUUGCACAUGGCCACGCAGGGACAGGGCCUUUCUAAAAACUUGUUUACGAGUUAAAACUAAAAUUUAUAACAGCAUUACCACGAGAAAUAAACAUUUUUUUACCUGUUUUUGUAAAAAUCACACAAUUAUUUUUUUAGAAUAUGCCUGAAGUGAAAUUCCAGAACAUAAGUGAAGGCAAUGAAGCAAAUGCAAUUAUAAAGUAUGACAAAGGAUUCUACAUACAGUCUAUCACACAAGGACAGAUCCAGCAGGCUGGCUCUGUGGACGUUACUGCAUGUCAUGGUAUAAAGAUCAUUAGCCACUCUUGCUCUGGCCCUAUGUUUUCAAACACACAUGGAAGAGAACAGGAAGAAGAGAUGGAUUAUACAAAGUGUUUCGGUUCAAAUCAAUUUGCACAAAAUGCAGCUAAGGAUGUUGAGACAGGAGAUGGUGAACAAACAAGAAUUUUUAGUGAAAAUGUUGCAGGCAUUGAACUAGACGAAACAUGUUCCCGGCGAGAAAUUUUUAACAGUCAUCUGUGUUUACCAUCAUCAUCACAAACCAGUUUGGAAGAGAAAGAGCAGAAAAUUGAUGCCACACCCUUCCUAGCAUUUUUAACAUCAGGCUCCUCAAGAUCUUAUGAGAAAUCAGGGGAUGAUUUUAAAAUAGAUAGCACAUCUUUCCCUGCGCCUUUGCAACCAAGAUUGUCAGGCGUUCAAAUGAGUGAAGGUCAUUCAAGUUUUGAUGGAAAUAUCAGCCUGAAGAGGCAGCCAUUUGUUGAAAUUACAGAUCAAAACAUGAACGGAAAUAGAACUCUCCAACAAUCAGCAAAGUGUAGUGAUGAUCUAGAACUAACAACCUGCCAUAGCAGUGGUGACAUUAUACGCAAAAGACAUCGAAGAAGCAUCUAUGAGGCUGCUGAUGUAGAUGUUACAGUUUGUGUUGGUUCAGGUCUUAGUUAUCAAAAAGAUUACCCCCCACAAGAGCUACAGGUUGCAGGGGAAACACAAAUUUUUGUUGACGAUGGAGAGGUAGAGUUAAAUGUCACCGCUUGUCAUGGUGGAAUAAUCGAUGGUAAUUAUCUUCAAAUGUUUGGAAUGGAGUCAAGAAAACAGGAAGAAGACAUGGAGCAUACAAAAUGCUUCAGUACAAGUCAGUUUAUGCAAACUAUGGCCACAAGUGUUGAUUUAGGAAGUCAUGAACAAACCAAGAUCUUCAGUGAAGAUGCUGGUGUUGAUCUUGAUGUGACUUGUUCACCGCGAGAUAUCUUUUUUCAGAAUUAUCCUAAUGAAGAGAAGCAAGAUGCCACUGCCUUCCUGGCUUCGUUAAAGUCAAGUUCCUUGAAAUCUCCAGAAAAAGACAUUUUCCCGAAAGGUGGCAAAAUUUCCCAUUCAUUUCUAGAACAAAAGUCUGCAUGUGUUCAGAAAAGUGAAAGUGGUUUAGUUGCCUCUGGGAAUAUCAGCAUUGAACAGAGACCAUUUGUUGAGAUCACACACAACACUACACUUCAAAAAUAUGGAACACAGCAAGAGUCUACUAAUGAAAACAUAGAACUAACAGCCUGUUAUAACUAUGAAGUGCAAACCAAAACAGAGAAAUCAAAACGAAGAAGCAUCUAUGAGCCUGCAGAUGUAGAUGUGACCACUUGCUUUGGUUCAGGACUAAUUAAUUCACCAGACAGCAUAGCAUUAGGUGGAAGAAUCCAUGAAACCAGUAACCAUGGAUCAAAUUACUGUACAGGGCUCAACAGUAUAGAGCAUUUAGGUGAUCAAAACGAUGCCACUAUUCUUAGAUGCCAUGCUUUAGAAACCAGAUCAAAUAAUGCCAUUGAUUAUAGGAGUGUUGUAACUCAUGAAACACAAGAAGCACAUGAACAAGCAGGUCAGUUGGAUCUAACAAAAUGUUAUGGUGGCGUCAUCUUACACAACAAGCAAGGCACAGAUCAUGCUUCUUUUCCUUCCAGAAGCACUAAUGCAUUAGAUUUCACCAUUUGCCAUGGACAGGAUUCCUUCACAACACCUUCAAGCUCACAGACCCAACAAACUGCAGACUGCAAUGAUGACAUGGACCUUACAGCAACAUUCACUGCUGGAUCAGCGGCAAGCAGCAUUGAAAAGUUUACAUCUGGAUUACAUGACGAAACAACAAUGGAUAAAGAAUCUGGAUACACUACAUCUGUGGAUUCCAAACAUCAAAUUAUUGAAGAUGAUGAUUUAGAAUUUACAGCAUGCCAUAGCCACAAAGGAAUUGAAAACAAUGUAGAGAACAGUAAAAGGAAAAGCAUUUAUGAACCAGCAGAUUUAGACAUUACAUCUUGCUAUGGUUCAGGGCUUAGAAGAUCAUCAACCACGCAAGCUUUAAGUGAUUCCAUGAACAGCACCUUGGAUGUCGCACCCACAAAUCAAGAAGCAGCUAUCGACCUUCCUCAUGAUGACUCAGUUUUUAACAAAACACAAGAUUUUCCUGUUACAAGGCAACAUAAACCAGGAGAGUUUGAAACAGACUUGUCAAAAUGCCGCACCAGGGUACAUAACAUGAAAAUUAAAAACUACUUCAGUUCUUCUGAGGUAGGCCUCAUGGCCAGCUUUUGUUCUCAGCCAGUCAGCUCAUCGGACCAGCAAGUUACAAGCAAAAGCCCUUAUAAGAUCUUGAACAUGCCCAGUCGUAAAGGGUCUGCAGCUGAUGAACAAAACAACGCCACAACCUUGGACACAAUGCAAGGUCACAAAGUGGUUGAAGCUCUUAAUGAGUCCAGGUUAAAGCUCACAACUUGCCGUAACUACAAAAUUUGUGAAAACAAUGAGGAGUUCUACAGUCAGAAAAUGGAAUCACAGAUGGAAGAGUCAAAGUUAGAGUUAACAACUUGCCAUAAAUAUGAAGUUUUUCACAACGAUGAGGAUUUGCAGAGUCAAAAAAUAGCACAACAGCUAGAGGAGCCAAGGCAAGAGGUUGGAACCUGCCAAAGUUACGUGAAUACUCCUGAUAAUGUCAGUCAGAAUUUACAGAAUCAAACAAUUCCACAGUAUUUGGAAGUGUCAAAGUCAGGCCUUCAGUUCUUUGGUAACAGUGAACUUCAAAGCAAUGAUGAAGAAGUACAAGGAAUGCCAGAACAACUAGAUAUCAGUGGGAAGGAAGAUUUGCAGAAUUUGCCCCAAUAUUUUGAAGAAUCACAGUUCAGUCUAACACACUACAGUAACAACAAAGUGCAAAGCAAUGAUGAGGAACUGCAAGGUGAGAGGUCUGAGCAACUAGAUGUUAGUAACCACCAAGACUUGCAGAGUCAAACAAUGCCACAGAUCCUUAAUGAAUCAACAGAGGGGAUAACACCCAACUGUGACUCUGAAAUUCUUGAUGGAACUAAGGAUUUGCCAAGACAGAUGACAACACAUCAGUUGGCGGAGUCAGGCUUACAGCUCAAUACCACUUGUCCUGAUCAAGAAGAUAUUGAUGAUGAGCAAAUGACAAGCAAGUACAACAAUAGGAAGCUGUCUAUUAUUCAAGAAACAGAUAGUGAACUCACCAACAAUCAGGAACAGAAUAUCACACAGUAAGCUCUUAUUUAGUGAGAUAUUAAAAAAAAUGAAUACAGUAAUAACUCUCAAGUACAUUGUAAAUACCUGCAUUUUCCCAAAAAUGGUGAUAAGCACAAAUUUGGAGUAUUUUGGUUCUCAGAAUUAUUUUAAUUGGUUGUUAUUUCCUGAAGGAAAAGAACACAUUGUAGCUAAGAGUAUUUAAUGGUAUUCAGCUUUUUUGUGUCAUAAAAUCUGCAUACCAAUACACUGCGGUUGGAGUGAUAAGGCACCUAUGUCUCCAAAGAGGAUCCUGAAUGUUGACUUCUCUUAUUGACGCAAGUUAGCCUGAGAAAACAGCCGACAUUUGGCGGAGCUACCACUGGUUUCUCCGCCAAAUGACGUCUGAAAAACGAGCGCAGAAAUUUCAUACUGAUGACUCGUCACUACCCAUAUCUGGGUAGUGACGCGUCAUCAGUAUGGAAUUUCUGUGCUCUUUUCUCAGACAUCAUUUGGCGGGGAAACCAGUGGUCGCAUCGCCAAAUGUCGGCUGUUUCCUCAGGCUAGGCACAAGUGUGCAGAAUUUUUUUGUAAAUUUGAGAAAAUUCAUUGUAAGAACCUGUUUCAAAUUUUAGUUUAAACAGGCUCUUAUAUAGAAGGGGCCUAAUUGGCAGGUUUUAGCCUAACACUGGUUCUUAAAAACCAGGUUCCUACUCGCAGGUUUUUACUGUAAGAUAACUGGUUAUUAGUUGAGUUGACCAUUAAAGAGACUGGCAUGUAGGUAGAAGUGACAGAAUACCCUCAAUGGUCCAAAAAAAUGUAAGUUAAAACAGAUUGCAAAUUUCAUGCAGCUGCGAAACAUGGAAAACUAUUUGCAUCAUGAAAAAUCUGUUAAGUUCAUCACGUUGAUGACACAUGGAAGCCUGCUAGCAAUAAUUACAGUAAUUCUAAUAGAAUGCAGAAUAUUAAUUCGAACUGUUCUCUCAUUUUCUUGCAGAAGGCCCAUUACCUUGAAGGAGUUCCUGGACCUUACUGAAAUUGUGUUUAUAACAGACGUCAACACACGCAGAAGUAUGGCUGUGAUGCCGUCAAAUGUGGUGAGUGUAUAGCAGAGCUCCAUGCGCGUGGAGCCCUGUGGCUAAAAAAAUUUGGUUAUAUAUUUGGUAGUCACAUAACCGUGCGUACGUCCGUACUGGCGUCCAUUGAUUUGCACCACAGGGCGAGAUGUCCCUGUUAUAGGUGAGCCUCUAAGCGGAAUGUACUUGAAAAGGGCUCUGAGCAAAAGAAAAUGCAUGCAACCCUCUCGCUGUUGCUGAUUUUAGUUCUGCUCCACGGUUAUUGGUCAUAAAAGCCACUAGCGUAGUGUAAAUUUUGCCUAAACCAUUAAAUAACUGUGAAAUCUUGAAAUGAGAGAAAGCUCAGCUAUUCAACAUUAAGUGCAAUAAUGUCUGAAGAACUAUUCACUGCCUUCACAUAAUUAUUAUACCUGUAUUUUUCAGAAACAAUCAGAUCUAACUCAGAAAGACAAGGUGGUAUCAUCACUGGUGACUGCGCCAAAGAUAAAAUGUUAUGAAGAGACCAUUGCCGCUGUUGAAUCACAGAUAACAGAGUAAGUUUUGUCGGUAACUAUAAGUGCAUCAAACGAAACGACUUUGUAUCAAAACGACCGGUUUCCCGAUUGGAACAUACUGUCGUUUUUCCUAGCUAUGGAACCCACUCAUGACUCUGGAGCACUCUUAAUCCCGCGUUUAACUUCUCUAUCGUGCUGGUAAAUAACCAAGUGGUUUGCCUCAAGCUACAGUAGUUAGGAUUCUUUUAUCGUGUUGUAAUGUCCCUUUGAAGCUGUUUUGAUAUUUAUUUUUUUUAUAUUCUCGUUUGUCUUCCAUGCCAUAAUAAUAUUAUAUCAGUAAAAUCUCGGAUUGUUUUUUCAACAGGAUGAAAGAAAACGUGAGGCAGCAAGAAGAGGAUCUAAACGCUAAAAACCCAGCAGUGUUCAUGGAGGCCCAGUCAGCUUCCAAACAAGAGGUGAUUAAAGCGUCUUAACUUCCGGAAGUAAAAAUUUCCCUCUCUGCGUUUAUGAUCAUUACACUUUCCCUACCCAACUAUCUUCCUCGUAAAACGUCUUUUGUGAUCAAGAUUGGCUGGAAAAAUCGCAUUGCGGGAUAGAGGAGAGAAUAGUUGGGAAUUCAGUAUUAAACGAAUUAAGUGAAAUUUAACGCAGUUAACUAUAAGAAGCGCCGUCGCGUGUUGUCAGUCAGCGGUCUGUGCGGUGGCUUAAGCGCGGUAAGCCUUGCUUGCAUCAGCUCCAUGUGCUUUUAGUUCAGCGUUUCCUGACGACCACUCUCUUUGUUUGGCCUUUGGAUCAUUCAUUUACGUCCAUCCCUCCCUUUUAUUUUUCUACUGAUAAAUCAGUGUAACAGGUUCCUGGUUCCAUUGGCGUGGAGGCUUAUGGCUUGGAGGUGCCGAUUUACCAACCAUGGAGGUAUAACUCUAUCUAGGGGCUGGCUGUGCCAAAGGUGGAAGCCCCUGGACAUCCCAGGCACCCACCCCCACUUAGCGACGCACUUGUUAAUCAACCUUUCUGUGAACUCUCUCCCUUCAGUUGUCUUUAGAGCACAACCUUAAGAUUGAUGAAGUUUUAAAAAGGAACAUAAACUUAUUAUUGUUGUAAUAUUUUUUCUAUUUAAACAGCUAAUGGCCAUGCGUAGUAAUGCUCGUCGACUGCGUUCCGCAUGUGAAAAGAAAGCUGCAAGAGAAUGGAAGGAAGGGAAAUAUCAAAUGAAUAAAAGGAUUCUAUCAGACCUAAAGGUCAGUAAUAUGUACUACUUAUUGACUGAGUAGGAGGGCCAUACGAGAAAAUAUUUGGCCCGAGGUCAGGACGUACGCACCGAGCGCACCCGCAUCGAUCAGUACGCUUUUCUAGCACGGCCGUACGCGUUUUUCCGGCCCUAUCACUUGACGGGUACACCCCUCACACGGGACAUUUUUUUUGUAUGGUUUUUCAAAGAAAUUGCGCUCAGGGCCAUUUGAUAAACAUGUCACCUUCACUUUUAUUUUUAGCCUCUCAGAUUUCUCCUAAUACAGAGAAAAAAAUCUUUUUCAUUCUAGAGAAAAUGGCAUUCAUUUUUCUCUUGUAAAAUUUUACCUCUUAAAGACAAAAGUUUUUUUGGAAUUAUCCUCGUUUUUAUAGCCAAUUUUAUUUUCCUGUGUAGUUGUUAUGGAAUGUGUAUAAGUUAAGAAGUUUUUUAAGUAGCUGGAUUUUCUUUGAUACUUUCCAGGAAAACCAUCAAAGCUUGGCUACUGAUCUGCGUAUUGUUGAGGAAUCCCUGACAAUGGUUGACGACUGUUUCAACUUACUUGAAAAAGGUAAAAUGCAUCUUUUUUAGAGAUUGCAAUCAUUAUUCAAUUUGAAUAUUGUAUUAUUAUAUAUUAAACACCAGUGAACUACAAGGUGCGUUUUCGCGCAAAAACAUGCUAUCUUCACCCGUGAAAAGAUCGCCAUUCCUAUGGUAACAAAACAAUCGCGCCUUUCACAGCCAAAACAUAAAUGGUUUGGUAUGUUGUUGAUGUUUAUACGUGUAUAAUAAAUAGAACAUUACAUGGCCGCCUGGAGAUAGGAAAUUUUGCCUCUCGUGUCGUAAAACAUUUCACUCGUUUGCGCGAAUGUUUUUAACACUCACAGUGUAAAUUUUCGUAUCUCCGCGCGGGAAAUUGAUAUCCUCUAUUUAUGUACUAGUUACCUUGUUUUAUAUAAUAAACAUUAGAGUAGUAAUGAUCUUUUUAUAUUUAAUUUACAGCGGACAAAGAGUUGAAUGAGGGAACGGCACGAUUUCAGUCGUCCAUCAAUGAAAAUGAAAAGGUACUACGUGGGCCAUGCUUACAUGUAAAUUUAUCCUUCCAUUCCUUACUACGGUGGCGAAAGAAAAAAUCCACAAAAAAGUCUUUUUUUUCUAGAAUCCUAACAAGUAAAUUACACCAUGAAUAAGUUCUGCGAAAGAGGUAGUGUACUAGAAAACAUCCCUGCCCCUUAAACUGGCUCAAAGAAGUCAGUGCAACUGUUGUUUUUAUCCAUGUCUUAUCUGGGUAACUUUACUUGCUUUUUAAUAGAAACUUCAGGAUCAAACUAACAAGAAAAAGGAACUAGAGGCCAAGAAGGAAGCUCUGGAAAAAUGCGAGAAAGGUAGACCAUCUUUUGCACAGUUGUUGCUUUAAAAUUUUCCGCGGAUGGUUCUUUUGUUUUAAUUAACUGCUCCCUGGGUACCAGUCUGAUUUUUUAUGGCAUUAAUUGACAUGAUCACAAUCUACUUUUGUAAUCAUUGCAGAAAUCCUAGAGCUGGAAGGUACAAGAGAUAAUUUUCAGAGGUGAGAGCAAACCAGUUGCUGUAAAGAAUGUUUUAUUAUUAUUUCUGUAAAGCAUAUGGACUGAACAAAUCAUGAUUAAGAAGGCGUAGGAUCAGAGUUUGGUGACGUUUCAUCCAAUUUGGCUCGACAGGAAACGGUAGUUCAGUUAAAGCCAUAAUUCAAUUGAAGCAUGUGCUAAAAUGUGCCUAACCUUUAAUAUUUGUUGUGUACUUUGUUGCUUCGUAUUAGGGAGAAACAAGAGCUGGAGAACAUUGUACAUCAGCAAAAACAAAAACUACACGAACUGGAAGAACAAAUAAGGUUACGCCGAGAACAGGUAGGUGAUUAAUUAGUUACGCUAUGAAUGAACGUUUUCAUUUGUAACGAUUUGCUUUUGAAGUUGGAGGACAAAUAGCGCAGUAAUUUUGUUGGCUUUUCUUGUUUUUAGCUCGAGGUCUCAAAGGCAGAAGAUAAUGCAAAAAGCAGAAGAUUACAAAACGAAUAUAAUUUGCUAGAGAGGUAUAUGCAUACUUUUUCAGAUGAUAUAUUUCUUAAUACAAAACCAUGGACUAUUUUGAAAGCGAAGCUUUCGAUUCUAUGAUACGAAGUUUCUUUUAUUGUCGUCUUUGCUGGAUAUUAGAGAGCUUUAGAGCUCUGAGUUCGACAUUUAAUUUGAAGUUUUCUCGCCUGUUACCUGAAAAUAGAAACUGUGGAAAGCUUCAUUUUGCUUUCUUUCACCACAAAAAUUAGCUCGCUUAUUUCCGUUGAAGGAGGUGAAGCCCUCGCCCGAUCGCUUAAUAAUAAAAUUCGUAACAUUUGAUAACUUGUUUUUGCUACUACGACAUUUUCGCUAAAAUUCGUAGUAGAAUGACGACGGCUGUCACAUUUUCCCGCCAAAAUGACGCUGGUUCGCGCGCGCGCACAACUUAGUAUUGAGAAAAUCUUGUUGUCGUCCACGUCUUAGGGGCCGAUCAUUUAACUCUUGAGGGGAGGGGUGGGUGAUUUCUGGUCAUCAAGAAUUUUUUUCUAGCAAUCUGGUGGGCAGGAUAUUUGUUGCCCUUUUUUUCCCAUAAGCUUUCUAUUACAUUUGUGCUGCAUGCAAUUUUUUUCUUCGGACAAGCGCUUGCAGGAAAUUUUUUUUCAAAAUCACCCACCCCCCAACCCCCCCCUCCUCAAGAGUUAAAUGGUCGGCCCCUUAGAAUCUUAAGCUCUCUAUUAAAGUGUUCUCUUCUAAAAAUGUUUAUUAAAGCUGUCAAGAAUGGGAACUGAAUGAAUGGGAUCAGGAGCAUGCUAAAUUCACCUUCUUUAAAGGAACAGUGGACAUGGUGGUUUUCUUCAAACCUAAAGGAUCUGGUAAGUCCAUAGAAAGGAUAAAUUAACUCUUGCUUUUUUAAAGUCAAAUACAACUUCCGUUCGUAAUAAGUUGGACUGGAGAAUGGGGUUUAAUAAAUUUCCUUGUUUUUAUGGAAAUGUGCAAUUUCCAACAAGUGUACGAAAAACUGACCCGUUUUUGGUUACAAGGUGUUUGUAGACUGCCACGCUGUCUGGUAUGUCGGGCAUUGAGUGCUCGUAUUCUUUAUUGAAGCAUCGACUUUGUUUAUUCAAAGUAACCCCUAUUAGAGUUAGCUUACAUGAGCUACACAAGCACAAGAGUUAUUCACACGUACAACACAGAUGCAAGCACAGUGAGACACAAGCUCCCAUUUGAGCAUCAUGCAUAAUUUCCAACAAUUUUCACAUUGCGUUUGUGCUUACGUCUGCGUCGUUUCGAUUUACACGGGUGAAAUUCAAACGCCAGUGCAAUGGCUGACGAGUUCACACUUGCGUUUUCGUGGUUCGUACAAUCUUGAAAAGGUCUUGAAUUUUACUAGUCGUCUUGAAAAGUCCUUGAAUUCGGUUUAGGUCCUUAAAAAGUACUUGAUUUCUUUAUUGGGUCUUGAAAAGUCCUUGAAAUUCACAACCUUGUCUAAGCAAGACACCUUUUCCCGUAAAAUUCGAUUUUUUUGCCAAGGGAAAUUCGGCUCAUCCUCGAUGUAAGAACCUGUACAACUCACGGGUGUUGUUAAAACAUUUUUGGGCAUGAACAAUACUUCGUUUCUGUUUCUUUGUUUCAAAUGCUAUUUCUGUACCUCAGAUACAAUUGCAACUCAUACCCAGUCAAGUCUUGAUGCAGAAAGUAGUUUAAAAAAAUGUGAUGAACGAUGGCAGAAGAAGUAAAAAUCGUAAAUGACUCCAUGACGUGUUUUAGCCAAUAGGGUGAUCAAAGGGGUUUAAAGAAUGUCAAUAUUUAAAUAAUUCUUAGUCCUUGAAUACUGUAAUUUGUUCUUAAAAAAAUCCGUGAAAUUUGUUUGCCUGGAGUUGUACAAACCAUGAACAUUUGUUAGGUUUGUUUUUGCGUCGCUUGUGUGAAUUAGUCUUUCUGGGCAAGGGCUUAUUUAUAUUUUUGGCACCUUAGGCUUGUAAUGUUAGAUGGCAGUGGCUCAAUAGAGGAGAUAUGUUAUGUGUUCUCACAACUUUUUUCAAACAUUAUCAACAUUUGUAGAUUUUCAUCUUUUAGGUGUGGAAGGCCGUAUUCCUGAUCAGGAAGUGCAAAGUCUGCAGCUAAAUUUUUCAGGUAAGCGAUGUAGGAGCAUGAAGUUUGAGAUUUCUACUGAUAUAAAUCACACUUAAGUUUUGAGGAUUUAUUACGUAGAAUCUUUUAACGAUACACGCUUUUUUUGUCCAAUAGCUGAACACUGCUCUACACCUUUACCAAAAUCAUUUUAAGUUGUUAUGUCAUGUUCAUCAUUAACAUCACCAUCAUCAUCAUUAUCGCCAUCAUCAUUAUUAUUAUUAACAUCAUCAUCAUCAUCGGUACAUUUUCUCUGUUGUAGAGAAAUUGUAUAAGGUAAGUUAAAUUAUCUUGCAGAUGCCAGUAUUAUAUUCAUUAAUGAAGUUAUGUUUUUAAAAGUGGUCCUUUUUAUAAGCCUUAUUCAUUGGCUUCCCUGGGCUCCCUUGCCUCAUCUUUUUUUAUAAUUAUUUUGUUUACAUAUUUAAUUUAAAUGGCAAAAUGAUAGUAAAAUAAAAUAAUCAUCGUUAUCGCCAUCGUCAUCAUCAGUAUCUUCGUGAUCAUCAUCGUCACCAUCACCUUCAGUCAUCAUCAUUAUCAUCCCUAUCCUUAUUAGGAUUUCCGCGCAUUUCUAUAUUCUUUACAGAGCAUACUAACUCCUACCAGAGAUGCGUUCAUGCAGCCAUCAAUCAGCGGACAAAUCAGUCCAAACUUACACAGAUGUGUCCCACGAGAAACAGCUUACCCGAGGUACGAUCGUCUCAAUAUGAUGGACAGUGAAUAAACAUUCCUUUAUCUAUCCCUUUUGUUCUUUAAUUCUUUAUGUUUGUAUAUUUUCAAUUUUUAUUUUUUUAUAUUUUAUUUUUCGAUUUGAUCUUGCCCAAUAAAGCUUGACAUAAUAAUACAAGGUUUUUUAGACAGUGUUGUGGAUUAAUAUAUCUAAAUGACCGUAUGUAAUUGCUAGGUGUUGUAUCACAUGUCCUGGAUACUCUACGAUUCUAAAUGUAUUGGCGACGAGCUCUUCAGGAUUGGUCUGAAGCAUCUGACGACCUUGGAAGGAAACAGGUAGGAUUUUACUGCACAGGAGCCCUUUUGCUGUUACUACUCGUGUACUGUUCAAAAUUCAAUUAGACUCAUCAGAACUAGAUGAGCAUCGGAACUGGUGCCUUAAAGGUCAGCGGGGUGUCAGAUGCCAUAAGUCGCAGGGAGGUAUCCAUGGCAACCCUGGUACUCGAGAACCACCGAAACAAGCGCUCGCCUACCGGCAUCGUCACACUGAAAUAAUUCACUGGAAAUAGCUUACCUGAAUAAGUACUUACCUUACUAACCAAACACAAUAACAGGAGGGAGGAGUGGGUGCAAGAAUUCGCGGUGAUUCGCAAGCGAUAGCUGUGCUUUUGAUCCGCAAAGAUCAGCUAAUAACACUGGACUUGUAUAGCAAUGAACCUUGAAACCCUGCAAAAACCUUGGAGGCCACCCCACAGGUCAUCGCCUUGUGGAUGGGGAAGCUGGCUGCAUUAGCUCAAAUUUAGCUUUGCCUAAAUGACAUUUAUAUGAAAAACCUAAAUUUCAGUUGGUAAAAUACUGCAAAACUAAUAGCGCCAUGUGAAAAUACUGCUCAGUAACUUUCAUUUGAAUGGUCACACCAUAGAAUUUUAUCCACAGACUCAAAAGUUAGAACCACCUUGUAUAGCAUAAUAAACAGUACCACAGGAAAGUACUGCUCAGUAGCUUUCAUUUGAAUGGUUACACCAUAGGAUUUUAUCCGUAGAUUCAAAAGUUAGAACCACCUUGUACUGCAUAAUAAACAGUACCACAGGAAAGUACUGCUCAGUAGCUUUCAUUUGGAUGGUCACACCAUAGGAUUUCAUCCACAGACUCAAAAGUUAGAACCACCCUGUACAGCAUAAUAAACAGUACCACAGGAAAGUACUGCUCAGUAGCUUUCAUUUGAAUUGUCACACUAUAGGAUUUUAUCCACAGACUCAAAAGUUAGAACUCCCAAUUGCAAUGGUUAUAGUUUUGUUUAUCCUUGCUUAUGUGAUUAGCUAACUCGCCAGACUAGUGGCUCUAACAAGUAUCUCUUUGCAGAUUUUCAGUGUUGUUCAACAGUCUCGAGGCAAGGAUCAGGUUUGUGCUUCAUGUACAGCUGCAGUUCGAGUCCUACCCUGAAGGAGUUAUUUUUACGGUGGCACAUCAGUGGGGUGAUAUCAGGUUCGUAUGAUCACAGUCAAUAUGCUCAGCCGUUAAAGCGCUCUUCCUGUUUUCAAGACCAAGGCAACGAUUGUUUUAUAGCUUGCAAAAAGCAGCAAUUAGCAAUCUCUCAUCGGCCAAUGUCCGACUAAACUUAACUUUUACAGUUGACUCCCGACAACUCGAACCCUCGCUAAACUCAAACCUCGCACUAACUCGAACCAAAAUCGAUUUCACCUGGAUUUCCUUCAUACAUUUACUAUAAAUUUACCGUCGGUAGCUCGAACCCUCGACUUCCCGCUAACUCGAAUUGAUUGACAUGCUUCGCGUUUCUCAAAGCUCAAGAAACCGCAAGUUCGCAAAGUUUUGAGGAUGGUUUUCAAGUCACUUGAAAAUUUUCUUGAAUCGUUUCAACUUUCCGACUUUAAUGAGAUGCAAAGUAAUAUAACUUGUGAAUUUACUUAGUCCUUCACACACGUAUCUUUGGUUAAAUAAAACUUAGCAGCUCUUAAAUCUUACUUAACAGCUUAGUGUAAAGACUAACAAUUCACCGUUUCUUUAGCACUACUCGUUUUUAUAUUUUGUUUUAGUAAACUAUAAAUAUUAAAGAGAGCUUCGCUUUAAGCCCUGGCUAAAUCCAUAUAUUAUUUUCUUGUCAUCAUUUCAGUCAAGCAGAAAUUGAACAAACCUUGAAAACAGUCAACAGUGGACGAUGUUAUUUGAGCAGACUGGUAGAGGCCGGCGAAGAGAUCACACAUCAGGCUAUAUCAGCCUCAUCAACGUGAGAUGGUGAUCACAGUAUUUGUGGAAAACAAAAUAUGGCUACUUUAUAAUACAUUUAAAGCGACAGCCUCAUUCGCAUUAUAUUUUCUUCUCCGUAAACCUGUUGCAGGGACUUUUGGCUACAUGAAUUGUUGUAAAAAGAGAAAAAGAACGAUCGGUGUUCUUUGUAGAGGCUGACGCUGUGGGGAUGGUUACAUUUUCUGGAAACAGUAGUUUGCAAAGAUACCAUAUUAUAAUCCACCAAAUCUCACGGGAUGUAAGACUCCAAACCAUCUGUCUAAGAAUUAUUUGCAAUGUUCCCCGCUUAGAGGUUUCGGCGGGAAACAGUUUCAUUGUUAGAUGUCAUGUGACCUCGAAGAUGAGAGUGCGCGCUGUUGGGAAAAAAUUUCCAGCUAUAUAACAAUUUAAGAUAUUAACCCCCGGGGGUAUUUCGCUAAAGCUACGUGUUGAGCAUGCUAAAGUGAAACAACAUUCCUUCAAGAGUCUUUUUGACCGAUGAGUGAUCAAUUUCCUCCUAGCGAUAUCCCUGUAUGAUCAAGAGAAAAAGUUUUAAAAACGAAUGAAAUAAUCACGAAAGGGAAAGUGCAUUGAGCUUUUGGCAAAUUCUCUCAACUCAUUCUGUAAGGUAUUCUGUAUGGAGCUCAAUCUGUAGAAUUUGUAUGUGGAUAUUGGGCCCAAGAGAAUAAAGCUACACAGAUGCGACAAAGUGGUGUUGCAGGGUAUUAAGUUGCAUUUCCAAGGAUUUCUGUGUAGAUUCAAGUUUUCUCUGGUCGUAUCUAUAUUUAGGUUCCUGAAUAGUUAGUCUUUGUCAUCGCUAUGAAAGCACAAUUUGGUAAAUAAUACUUUGAACCUUCUAAUUAUGUAAAAAAGGGUGAACUUCGUCAUAUUAAACUUCAAGACUGUCUU